AUGGCUGGAUUCUCUGAAGCAGCAAUGUCGAGACGGCUCCAAACGUUGAAUACGACGCAGCAGUCGGUGCAAAUGAUGUCUAUGUGGCUGUUGCAUCAUCAAAAAAGUCAUGCGGAAACAAUUGUCAAAGUCUGGCUUCAGCUUUGUGUAGAAGGAAUGCUUUUGGUUAAAAGCAUGCUCUAUUAUCAUGCUCAGGAAAUCAAGAAAGAAACGACGCCGGUUCGUUUAAUCAAUCUGCUCUAUCUUGCCAACGAUGUUAUACAAAACAGUCGAAAGCAUUGCCCACAUUUCAUGGGAAUGUUUUAUGAAAAUUUAGAACCAGCUUUUAGGCACGUGAGUGUUCAUGCGGAUGCUGAUGCGGUAGUGGCAAUGAAAAAAAUUUUAAGAGUGUUUCGUGAGCGCCAAAUAUAUUCGGACGUGAAGGUAGAUCGAUUAAUGAAUGCCGUAACAUCGUCGCUGACUGGAAUAAGACUUGUCGAGUUCAAUAUCGAAUUAGGUGGAACAAUUUUAAAUACUGAAAGUAUUCAAAAAUCACGUCAAACACCAACUACACCACCGAACGUUGGAAAGGCAGUGGAUUCACCGCAUUUAUCAACUCCCACCGUUGAUGCAGAUUCUCCGGAACCAAAAAAGAGCAAAAUGGACGGUGAGAAUUUUGACGUUAAAGUCAUGACUAAAGUAACAGAAGACGUAAUAGCGUUGUUGAAAAAAUUGGAAGAUCCACCAUCAGCUGAUGCCGAAACACGCCAACUGAUAGCCUCAUUUCCGGAGACGAUAGCAAAUCCUGCUCUUUUAAAACCUAUCACAAAUGAAUCCCAAGCAGUGGAAUUAUUGAAAAAGAUCAAGGAGGCUGAACCUGUGGUUAAGGAGUAUUGUAAAAGACUUGCGACAGAAAUGGAGGACAGGCGGUCUUUGCAACUGCUGCUACCUGAGUAUUUUGGUUUCUUGAAAGCAAGUGCAGUAAGAAACGACGAGAUGUUACGAUCUGUGCGAGAAAAAGUGGAAAAGUUAGAACAGGAAAAAAUAUCGGUAAAGGAGCACUUUGAUUCUUUGCCUGAUUUAGCCGAUUUACCCUCUAGCGCGUUACCUCCACUUCCAUCACUAGGUGAAUUGUUCAAAAGCGAUAUGGGUAUUGUUGAAAAGAUUCAGGAAAUUGAGCAUGAAAUCAGUAGGACGCAGAAGAAUAAGGCCACCGAGUACCAUUUGGGUCUUCUAAAAGCAAAACUUGCAAAGUACAGACAGCAAUUAUUAGAACCAGCUACCAAGGGUGGUACCAGUAAGGGUGAUGGCUUCGAUGUGAUGAAGAGUGGUGAUGCUCGAGUGGCAAUGGUUGGUUUUCCUUCAGUCGGCAAAUCAACAUUAUUGUCAGCACUUACUACAACAGAAAGUGUUGCAGCUUCAUACGAGUUUACCACACUUACAUGUAUACCAGGUGUUAUCGAGUAUGAAGGAGCCAAUAUACAGUUGCUUGAUUUACCCGGUAUUAUUGAAGGAGCUGCGCAGGGUAAAGGUCGAGGAAGACAAGUUAUAGCAGUGGCGAGAACAGCUGAUAUUAUUCUGAUGAUGCUGGAUGCUGCGAAAGGCGAAAUGCAGAAAACUCUUCUUUCAAAAGAACUGGAAUCAGUAGGUAUUCGCUUAAACAAGAAACCGCCGUUAAUCUAUCUCAAGCAAAAGAAAAUUGGAGGAGUGAAGUUUACACAUACGGUUCCAUUAACACAUUGUAGUGAAAAACUGGUAAUGACUGUAUUGCACGAGUACAAAAUUUUCAAUGCUGAUGUCGUUUUCAGGGCUGAUUGCACAGUGGAUGAAUUGAUUGACGUCAUACAAGGAAACCGUGUAUAUAUACCAUGUCUUUACGUAUAUAACAAAAUCGACCAAAUAAGUAUGGAAGAAGUGGAUAGGUUGGCUCGUCUUAAAGAUUCAGUUGUGAUUAGUUGCGAAAUGAAACUAAAUAUGGAUUACAUGGUGGAAAAAAUUUGGAAAUAUUUGGCACUGAUCAGGAUAUACACCAAAAAGCCGGGGAGUACAGCUGACUUAGGACCGAACGAUGGCUUGAUACUACGACGUGGUGCAACAAUUGAACAUGCUUGUCAUGCCUUACAUCGCAGUCUUUCUGCUUCAUUUCGCUAUGCAAUUGUUUGGGGUACAAGCGCAAAGUUUUCACCGCAGCGAGUGGGCAUACAUCACAAACUUCACCACGAAGAUGUGGUACAAAUUGUCAAAAAGUGA